AUGGCCACCAAUAUCACUGAAGAAAGCAUUUUGACGAACUUUUUGCUGCCGCCAGCACCUCUGCCUUCUAUAUUGCCACUGAAGGCCUUUACUGCAUUAUUUCCUAGCUCGCUCCAAUCGGCUCCAGUGAUUAAGGCUCUAUACCGCGAUCUUCAGUCCCAAAGAAUGCUCAUUGCUGAUGUAGUAAGGCAGAAUAUCAAAAAUGAGAAAAAGAGGGGAAUAAAGCAGCACAGGGCAGUACUUAGAGCAAGAAAAAUAGAAGGACAAGUUGAUGACAUGAUAGAUGAUGAAGUAGAGCUUGAAGAAAUUCUAUUGGGCCCCUCUUGCAACCUGCCGCAGCCUAAGUCACACACACUGAAAUCCAUCGUUCCAGAUAUGGCUUUAGCUGUGGAAGCAUUAGAGUCGGAAGUAUGGCAGUUGAAUAAUGAGCACAAGAAAAAUUUAGAGGAAAUUCGUUCCAUAGUAGGAGACCUUAGUGAUCUUCGGUAUGGAAAGCUAGCAAAUUCACAGCUGAGGGACCUGGUAAUCGAAGGAUGUUUGAGGCUCGAAAGCGCCUGCGAUGACGACUAG